AUGGCACCAUCUAAAGCGAUUAAUAGCCAAAAUAAACCCGUCAUGAUGGUUAACGCAGUAAAAAAAAGUAUUACUACAAGAAAUCAAAAAGCAGCUGAUCAAAUGAAUAUAAAACCGCUCGUGACUGCUAAAGAUUUGAGGUUUAAACGAAAAGCAGACGCAUCACCUCUCAAAGACAAAAUGAUUAAGAGGUCAGCCCUCGGAAAUAUUACAAAUGCUAUUGGAAAAUCAUUAGGUGUUCAAUUGGCUGAUCCAAAAAAAGUGGUAAAAAAAACACAAGCCAAACCGGUUAGUUCCACAUAUACACUUAGGAAUACUGAAAAAGUUAUUGUAAAGCCCAUUGCUGUAAUUGACAAGCCCUCAUCAAAAUUAAAAAAUGUCAGCAAAGUUACAAGGACUACUAAAAAAUUGGAAGUAAAAAAAGGCAUUCCACAAAAAAGUGAAAAUCAAAAACCAAUUGAUGUAGAAAAAUCGAACGAUAGUUCUUUGUAUGUUAGUGCACUAGAAGAUUUAUCUCAAGGAAAUGACAAAAAAAUAGAACUAAAUAUCGAUAGAAUUGAAGAAGAAACUAUAAUUCAAAAAAUAGGUAAAUCUAAAAGAACUUCUGUCAACACUCCAGCCAAACAAAGUGUUGAAUAUUUAGAUAAAACACCAGUUCGACAGUUACCUCCUGGUGUUUUAUGGGACUUUGAUGUUGAAAAUUGGCGUGAUCCUUACCAAGUAUCGCAGUAUGCAAUGGAGAUAUUUGAAUACCUUAAAAGCCGAGAAAGAAAUUUUCUUAUUGGUGAUUAUAUGGAAAAACAAGUUUGUCUAUCACGAUGGAUGAGGUCUUUAUUAGUUGAUUGGAUGGUUGAAGUUCAAGAAUCAUUUGAGUUGAAUCAUGAAACUUUAUAUUUAGCUAUUAAAUUAGUCGACUUAUAUUUGACUAAGGUAACUGUAGGAAAAGAAACUUUACAAUUGUUAGGAGCAGCUAGUUUAUUUAUUGCUAGUAAAUUCGACGAAAGAAUCCCACCAAUGAUUGAGGAUUUUUUAUACAUAUGUGACGGUGCUUACAGUCAACGUGAACUGAUUAGAAUGGAGAUGAAUGUCCUAAAAAUAGUCGAUUUUGAUUUGGGGAUUCCAUUAUCCUACCGAUUUCUUCGACGAUAUGCAAGAUGCAUAAAAAUAUCAAUGCCAACUUUAACACUAGCUCGUUAUAUUUUGGAAUAUUCAUUAAUGGAUUAUGCAACAAUAAUGUUCAGUGAUAGCAAGCUAGCUUCUGCUGCUCUUUUCCUUGCUCUCCAAAUGAAAGAUCUUGGUGGAUGGACUCCAACUUUAGAAUACUAUACUGGAUACACAAUUGAUGACAUCAAGCAUAUAGUAAAUUUACUUAACCAAGGUCUCCAUAAGAAAAAUAAAGAUGCUCUAUCGACUGUUCGCAAUAAAUACAGUCACAAUCAUUCUGGCGUCGACUAUUUAGAACGUUAACUUAA